CUUCGGCGGCGCGGGUGUUGAGAGGUGCGGGGUGUUGCGUCGCUGAGGAGCCGGCGGCAGCCACAGAGGAGGAGGGCGGGGAGGGCAGGACGAGCGAGCCGCAGCUCCUUGCACCAUCACCAGCUGGAAAAGAAGAACAGAACAAGAAGGAACAGGAAGGACCCUCUUCUUCUGUCUUCUUCUUAAGAAGUGAUUGUGGAGGGAUGAGGGGAGACUCUUACCUCUUUGGAAUGCGAGGCCUGGGUCACUACGGCUGCAUCCCGGAGGACAGAGGACAGUUCUUGCUCUACUCCAUAAAUGGAGAGAACGACCUAAAGAGGUGUUUUGCAGAGGAAGAUUUUCAUGAAAUAAUUGACUUCAACGAUCUCCCGAAUUCUCUCUUUGCUUGUAAUGUUCACCAGUCUGUGUUUGAAGACGAGGACAGUAAGGAAAAAUUUGAAGGCUUGUUCCGUGCCUAUGACGACUGUGUGACAUUCCAGCUGUUCAAAAGCUUCAGACGCGUGCGAAUAAAUUUCAGUAGUCCCAAAUCAGCUGCUCGUGCUAGAAUAGAGCUACACGAAACACAAUUUAGAGGGAAGAAGUUAAAGCUGUAUUUUGCACAGAUUCAGACCUCUGAGACAGACGGAGACAAGCUUCAUUUGGCACCACCACAGCCUGCAAAACAGUUUCUCAUCUCGCCUCCAGCCUCCCCACCUGUAGGGUGGCAACCAAUAGAUGAUGCAACACCUGUCAUCAACUAUGACCUCCUUUACGCAGUGUCUAAGCUAGGACCAGGAGAGAAAUACGAGCUGCAUGCAGGAACAGAGUCCACUCCCAGUGUGGUAGUGCACGUCUGCGACAGCGACAUGGAAGAAGAUGAGGACCCAAAGAAUUCUCCAAAGCCAAAAAUCAUUCAAACUCGACGCCCUGGUCUGCCACCUCCUGUUUCUAACUGAGCCUCUCGCAGAAGCAGUGCUUCUCUCCUCCAGCACAGCUCUUGGGUUUUGUUUGCUUUGUUUUGUUGAAAGGCAGCCAUUGCCUUUUGAGAGCCGGGACAUUAAACUCAUUGAAAUCCCUUCACAGUAAUCAAGCCUAUGUAAUAAAGGGCUAGGAAAAAGAUCUUUGUAUAUAUAACCAUAUCACACACCAAGUAAUAGGUUUGUCUGGAAAGGACAAAACAAUGCUGAAGAAACAAAGGAGGGUUUCCAUCUGAGGAUUUUUUUCACAGCUGUAAUUUGCAUGCUGAAACACCACUACCAGAGAGAUCAUUGGAGUGGGCAGUUAGGCCAAUAUCAAGUUUGAUGUUCAGACUCCCACAAUACUUGCUACUGCCUUUCAUCAAACGGCCUGCUCCUCUGUCCGCCUCAGUUCCCCAGCAGACCUCAGGCUUUAUUUUUUUUUAAGGUGGGGUAUGUGUGUUGUUUUUAACUCUACUAGCAGCUUAGUGGCCUUUUCACCCCCCUGGAAUUUCCUGGAAGGAAUACUGCCUUUGCCACGUUUUUAAAACGGCAGAAAAACACCCUUUUCCACCAACAGCUGUAGAGGACGCUGGUCCUUCAUGGCAGCAGGGAUACGAGACAGAGCUCUGUGGGCUGAGGGGAGAGGCGGCAGUUUGCUGGAGGGCCUAGUGUCUUUCAGUCAUUCCCUCUGAGGAGGAGGGAGCCAGAAUAUCAAUAGAGAUUGUCAUUUUAUCUUCCAUAAAGGCAUGAGUGGUGCUUCUUUCUGAGUUUGAGGAAGAAGGAGAGGCUGUGUGCUCAUUUAAGAUGGGAUUCCUUGCUCUGCCAUAGUUGUUAGUUCUAGUAAUGAUACAUACUGGAUGCUUUCCUAGUGGUGUGUUGAAUAGCCCUGAAACUGUUAGUGAUUACUCAUUUACUUGUACAUCUCUACUAUUCAGACCUUUUCCUUCCCCACUUCCUAUGCUUUAAGCCCUUUUUGAGCUGUGUGCAGUUUGGGUUUGUGGAGGUGAGGAGACCUUAGUUGGUGGGUUUUUUGUUGUUGUUUUUCUCUUUUUUUGGUUUUUUUUUUUUUUUUUUUAGGCCAAAGAAAACAGGACCAUAAUUACACACUUGAAAUUAGACUGCAUGCAACUGAUUCCCCCUUUUCACUCUGUCUUGCAUGUUUCUUUCACUUGCAAUGUACGCUGAGUUACAAAAACCAUUCUGUGUUUUCAUCAUGGCUGAGAGCAGACAGAUACUGGAGACCUUCCAUGACAAUUUCUGGUUUUUAUGCAUACUUGUCAUUUUGAGAACAUAUUUUCUAGUCAUUUGAGCUCAGAUUUUGCAUAUAUUUAAGCAUGCGCUUAAUUUAUGCACAUGAGUAGUUCCACUGAAAUGAAUACUGCAGAAAACUGAGCAUAUGUGUAAGAUACAGUGGGAUUUUUAAGCUAAUUAGCUGCAGCUGUACUCCCCAAAGUGACUAUAAAAUAAAUGGCACCAGGAGAUUCCACGGUUUAAAUUCCUUGAUGAGUUAAAAUAAGUAAAUACAUCUGGGAAGCUCAUUCUAGGAUGGAAAAAGUCAGCUUAGGUUCUGUAAUCAAGAUUUUUUUCAUAAAACCUAAUGAUCUGGCUUCUGGAGGGAGGAUUUCAUUCCGUCCUUAAUUAGCAGUGAGGCUAAGAGCUUCAGCAGAGUCAGAUCCCCCUUUCUUUCCGGGAAGAAAAACGUGUUGCUCCAUCAGGGAGGACAGGAGAUGCCAUUCUCAACACAUGUAGUGAGGACCUUCUGAGAAUAAGGACUUGACAUUCCCAUGUAGUUCAUGCUCUGCCCACCACAGCCCCCUGAUAUUCCUGCAGAGAUGUAGUGCCUUACUUAGCAUAGAUCUAUAAAGUGAUACUUGUAACUGCAUUAUGGACGUCAUCUUGUGUGCAUUACGCUAAUAGAGGCACGUAAAAUACAGCAGAGACUAAACAGGAAAAGGGGCUUUUUAGUAUCCCCAUGAUAUCUGUGUAAAGUUGUCUUAAAGUAACUCCUCAGAGGUUUCAUUUCAGUUAUUUUUUCAGUGACACAUUUAGAAUUUAUUGACAUAAACAUAUUGCCUCACUACCCUGGGACUAUAACCUAAUGUUCCUGUUGAAAACCCCAUCCCAGGCCACCUACAACAUUUCAGGGAUAACAGCACUGUCUUUCUUAAGAACAUACAGAACACAAAGGUCUGUGGGGUUCACACCAGUAUGAACAGGGACAGUAAGAUUUAAACACCUAAGAUUAUUUUGUUGAUAUAUGCUGUAUGGAAGAAAUUGCUGACCCCAUCCUCUGAUGGUGUAAGUGAUCAGAGAUCAUCUCCAGUCACAGUUGAUGCUCUACAGUUUUUUUACAUGCAGAAGUGUUGGACGCCCAAUCUAGUCCUUGUGUCCAGGUUCUCAAACUUUGGGGAGACUCAGUUCUGAAUUAGAGACUUUGGCCUCAAAUGAUGUAAGACUUUACUGCAAAUUAAAGGAUCGGAUCCCAAAUGUUCUUUCAUCAAAGUGCAUUUUCAGGCAGAUACAACCAGGCCCCAUUCAAGGACUACUAUUUGUCUUGAUAAAAUGAUGUAGUACUACCCAGGAGGGCCUGGAAUGGGGCUCAUUUUAAAGCACAGAAACACAGCUGCAGACCUGAAAACUGAAAGAAACCUGUCAUAACUGAGGUCAAAGCUUCUCUAUCACCUUUAUAUGAUAAAAUGAUUGUCAUCAUAGAAAAACAUUUCAGGUAUUACGAAAUAAUGUCCAUGUCAUAAAAGUGACUCUUGAGAGAAGCUGGUAUUUUGCUAAAGGAUGGUCCUUGCUGGGCACAUGGGAAAGGCUUCUUUCCAAAAAGACCAGCUGACCAGGAGAGUAAUGGUCCAGUUCAAUUCAGUCAUUCCCCAGCAGAGCACAGACUUACUUCAGAGGGAGCUCUCUUUGGUGGAGCAUCUGUGAGUGCAGGCCCUUUGACUGGCACUUUUCACAAGGCGUCCACAGUCCAACAGCAGAUUAAUAAUCUAGUUGUGUCAUAUUACUAGAAACAAGGGUGAAAUCUCCAUGUUAGGUUAUGGCUUCUGAUGCACAGAAACAAAGCCGAUGUCCUUUAGAUUUCCUUUGCUAAGCAGGAGCCUGUGGGAGCAGCUGGCAGAGAUGCCUGCGGGCACUCUGUGGAGUGCAUGUUGCUUCUGCUUGGAAAUUCAAGGAGGAAAUCAUGGGAAUGCGGUUGCUGUUUCUGUUGCCUGCUGUCUCCUCAUCCUUUCUGACCUCUUCAGAUAGAAAAUCAAAAUUGUAAUGACUUCCUAAGUACAGUUACAAAGGAUAAAACCGUUUGCAAUGCAGGGAGAAAGGUUAUUUUGGAACCCAUUACUGUAAAGUGCUUUAGGUUAUAAAAAUGUGCCCCAUGGAUAAAUUAUUUAUUUGAGCCUAAAUUGAGUGGGAGGAGCGGGUUAGGUUUAUUUUGGUCUUUUUUCACCCCGCUUCCCAUUCAGCAAAAAAGCUUUCCACCAAAGAAAGACUGUGCAGAGGAGCGGACUGAACCAUCCGUGAGGUGUGAUUACAGGGGUACAGGGGUCUGAGUACUCGCUGCGACAUCAUGGUGAACAUUUCCAUGUUGUACAUACUUUUGAAAUAUUCUGUUUAGUCAUUUUGUAGGAGUAUUGAAAAGCUACUGGCUAAUGGAUCACUUUUACACUUGUACAAUUCAGAGCUUAGUUUAAAAGAAAGACAAAAUAAAUAUGGCAAACAGUAUUAUUGUGUUCUGCUUGCGUUGCCAUUUCGGAAAGCAACAUUUGAAGAGUUAAACUGUGUUAGUAAGCUGACUGGAGGGAUACACACAGCUGCUCUACAGACUGGCAGAACUGAAAAUGCUGUGACGUAGGCUGAAUUCUGUUUCAGUAGAAAUAAGUAUGGGGGGGUAAUAGGCCUCUUGUUGGCACAGCGUGCCACUUUGCUGCGGUUUUAGGGAGUCAUAUGGACCUUCAGUGGUUUGAGGUGGAUUUGGGUGAGUGGACCCAGAAAAAGAAGGCAGCAGACAGCUCCUCAGUGAGCAAACACCCACCCCUGAGAGCUGGUGUGGUUCUCACUGUGUGUUUAUAGUAGUGGGUGAAUCCAGUGGACAUGAGUGCCCAAGUAAGGAACAUGGCAUCCAGUUACCAUCCUGACUGGGAAAAACGUUCUAUUCAGUAUUACAAACAUUGAAAUUACUUGUCUGUAGUCAUGAGUGUCAGUUUGUACCAGGUCUUGCAAAGGACUGGAAACCAGGAGAUGAGUUUGGUGGUUAACUGUUUUGUGAAAUUCUUGUAUUUGAUUGCUCAGACCUGCAGUUGGAAAGACUGCAGGUUCAUUUUUUUUCUGGGUGCCUGGCAUGAAAGACUUAGUUUCUCAAAGAAUGAUAGUUCAUGGUUCUGAAGAUUAGAUCCAUUUAAGAAGUGUGGUUGGAAGUGUAAGCUCUGGGCUUACUGAUCGCUUUUAAACAGACAAGACUUAACCUAUGUGAUUCUGUGAUUAGAAAAAGUAGUCACAGUCAUCUUCUUGAGGAGCAUGUUCGAGGUGAAAGGCACUAUAGGAGGCCUCAUUUAUUCUUCAGUGUUGAGCAACAGGUGAGCUUUUCCCAGCUCUGGUGAGGUCGUCCAUCUGAGUUGCCUGCCUGCCAACUGUGGCUCUCCCAUCCUGCUUGGCACUGGACACCAAGAAGUACACUUGAAGGCCUGAGCUGCAGGAAGCAGAGAGCUGUGUGUCCCAGAGCACCUCCAGCCACUCCGCAGGUGAGGAGAUGGCUGCUCACGGGGAGCUUCAGUACACAGUCUGUGUGUGCAAAUAGACAAGACUGAUGCAUCCUUGGGCAUUUGUGCAUGCAAGUGAUGAUAUGUCACUUAAUCCUGCAUGAUACUGAGUAAGAGGAGCUAAAAUAAGUACUUGUCCCAGCCGCAGCAGGAGCCUGAGGCUUCCACAGCUCCUCAGGCUCUGUACUUCAUUCUGACAGCCCAGCCAAUGCUGUUCCUUGCACAGCAUGAGGGUGUUUGUCCUAAAGAGUUACAGCAAAGCCGUGAUUUACCAAGGACGUGUUGGAAAGUGCAGAGUGGGCUCCAGCUCUGCAGCUGGGUCUGUAGUUACCAAUUUAUUCCCUGAUGAUGGGCCAACACUUUAAAAUGGAAUUAUCAACUUGCAGGGAUCGGGUCCUUUGGCAUCUAACUGCUGUUCAUCUGUAGUCACUUCGGUGGUGCCACAGACGAGAAAACUGGAACAUUGUGCUUGAAGUGAGGGCAGUACCCAUCAUGGAUCUGGGGAGCUGGAACAAGCUUUCUAUGGAAGAGGGGAUUUAAGUAGGUUAUUGUGGAUAUCUUGAUUAAUGUUACAGUGCUUUCAGAUCACAUCCCGCAAAGAACCUUCACUGCAUUCAUUUUGGUUCCUUCUUUAAUGGUAGACAUUUUACCACUAAUCUUUUAGCCACUGAAGACUUUCUCUGACCUAUUAGUAUGGAUUGAAGACCUUUGUCUUUCCUUGAUCACACUCUGCCUAAGAAACAAUAUUUAGUUCUGUUUUACCAAAAAAGCAAAACCAGGUGUGGAUUAAAGUCCCAGACAGACCUUCGCUUAUACUCAUCCUCAUACAAUGCUCUCAAAUAACUAUGCUAGCAGAAAACCCCAAACAAAAAACUCCCCAACCACUACUUUCCCUGUUUUAGCACAUCUUCUAGGGGUAGUACAGCAGUUUUCAAAUAUUCCUCUUAAAAGGAGAUGUUUUUCUAACGUGAGCUGUGCUCUUUUCUAAAAUACACGUAGACUGCGGCAUUCAGGGGUAAGUUACGAGGGAGGAAGUGUUGUAAAAGCUCUUUCCCGUAUGUCUGUUUGAAGCCUCGAGCAUUUGCUUGGGCUUGAAGGGAGGAAAGCUCACACUGGUAGAGGCAGAAGAGCAGCUGCACUUCCAACAGAAGGGCAAAGGCCCUGACUGCCCCCACUGCAGAGAAGUGCUCAGAAAGCACUAAAAAAAAAUAGCCUUAAUUUGUCUCUUAAUUUGUUCAGUUGUUACACAGAGAUUCUGGGGCUACAGUAAGAGUCAAACAGGGAUCCUUUUCAAGGAGAGUUGUGUAUCUGUGCAGUUAGUGAGGUUCUUGCUGGAGCGAGGCUGUGAAGUGUGAGCAGCCUCCGAGUUCAUGAAAAAUGAAGAUAUUCAGAACCUUAAGAGACUUUGGGGUUUAAAUCCAUGUAAUGGAGAGCUGUGUUGUGAUGGUUUCAUUCCCUGUCCUGGAGCCAGGGGCUUCUUCACUCACCUGUGUAAGAGUAUCCAGCAAGAAGGAUUAAACUUCUCUUAUUUUCUACAGCAGAAAAAUCAGCCUUGUUUUAACAAAUUAUUGUAACUGAUCAUUUAUCUAGUAUGAGAAAGUUGUGUCUGCAGUAGUGUCACACCAGAUGUGUUCUCUUCACUCUUUGGUUAAUGAAGAUAAAUGUUUUGAAUCCAUUUUAGAGCAGAGUUCCUGUUCAGAAACUUCUGAAAGAAAUGCCAUCUGUAAAGACUGACAGAUCUUUCUGUGUCAGUUUGGUGAGUUGUCCUACUGUGGGUAGCUGCAGAAAUAUUUCCUGUACGUUGUUGUAGAUUUAAAAACAUUUACUCAUGUUUCCAUUCAAGUGUCUGCAUUUCUGACACAGAUGUGACAUAUCUGUAUAUAUUAUAGAUCAAUACUAUUUUUAACCACAUAUUUUGUACAAAUAUUCACAUUAGCUCUGUACUUCGGUGAAAAUCUAUUAUGGUAUUAAACAUUUUGGUGGAAUUAGCAAA